AUCCAAUCAGCUGUUAGUGUUAAGCGCUGCCGCGCCAUGCCGCCAUGCUAAAUUUAGGGCACUCGCUGGUUCGAAUUCUGAGCACACCUGCGCUGGGCAGCCGUCCUCCUCCCUCCUCCUGUAUCAGCAAUACAUUACAAGUUCUCAUCCGAUUAGCUUUAUGUUUCGUCUAAUCACCAAUGGCUCUAGGACUUUACUACAUUUCUUGUUGCGCAGCAUUGGAUAUAGACGGAUUUCGAGGAGCGGGAAGUGUUCAGUGGCUCUCCAAUUUGAGAUUCUUGGGAGGUUUAAUCGUGCCCGAGCAGCUCGUCUCACACUCCCUCAUUAUGUUUGCCAAACGCCUCUGUUUAUGCCAGUUGGAACUCAAGGGACUAUAAAAGGCUUGACAAACAACCAGCUCGAGGAUAUUGGUUGCCAAAUAAUUCUUGGAAACACCUACCAUCUGGAACUACGUCCUACCUCUCAACUUCUUGAUGAGCUUGGGGGGCUGCACAAAUUUAUGAACUGGCCAAGGGCUAUGCUGACUGAUUCUGGAGGCUUUCAAAUGGUCUCUCUAUUGCAUUUGGCUGAUAUUACUGAAGAAGGUGUUACUUUUCAGUCUCCAGUGGAUGGAAAACCAAUGCUUCUUACACCUGAAGAGUCAAUACACAUACAAAACAGAAUUGGAGCAGAUAUUAUUAUGGCUCUCGAUGAUGUCGUAAAAACCACAACCACAGGUCCAAGAAUGGAGGAAGCAAUGUAUCGAACUCUUCGCUGGAUAGACAGGUGCAUUGCAGCUCACAAAAGACCACUUGAGCAGAAUCUGUUCGGCAUUGUCCAAGGCGGUGUAGAUCCAGUGCUAAGAGAUAUCUGUGUCAAGGGUCUGGUGGAUCGUGAUUUGCCUGGUUAUGCUAUUGGUGGUCUUGCGGGCGGUGAAGAUAAAGACUCUUUUUGGCGUGUUGUGGCUCAGUGUACCGCUGCAUUGCCUGAGGAUAAACCACGAUAUGUCAUGGGUGUUGGGUACCCUUUGGAUAUUGUAGUUUGCAGUGCUUUGGGUGCUGACAUGUAUGACUGUGUCUAUCCUACUCGCACUGCUCGCUUUGGCACAGCCCUUGUGCCUGAGGGAGUUUUGAAGCUUAAACACCAAGCAAUGGCUAAUGACAUCCGUCCAAUUGAUGCUACAUGUGAUUGUAUGGUAUGCAAAACAUAUACAAGGGCUUAUAUUCAUUCCCUUGUCACGAAAGAUGCAAUGGGUUCUCAGCUUUUGUCAUAUCAUAAUUUGUAUUACAUGAUGAAGCUUAGCAGAGAUCUACACUUUUCAAUUCUUGAAGGACGCUUUCCAGCAUAUGUAUGUCAGUUUCUGCAGAAAAUGUUCCCCAAAGGAGAUGUUCCAGAGUGGGUCUGCAAUGCCAUGGAGGUUGCUGGAAUUGAUAUCUCUUCCUGCUGUCAACCAAUUUCAUCAUUUAUAACAAGGCAGGCCAAUACACAAAAGAUAGUAAAACUAACAAAGUUGUUUGUUUUUUUAGCGCUACUGAUUACCCCCCUUUCUUAUUAUAUAGCCUUCCGUGUAAGUUUAGAUAGAUUUAGACACUAACAACAAACACAGGGAGCAGUUUUUUGGUUGUUUCCCGAGACACAGGGAAUAGAAAAGGUAUAGAUUAAAUUACACAUCUCGGGAAUAUUUUGAUGUAACAGAUACGGAGUAUAAAACAACAAAUUUUGGGACGGCAAUUUUGAUCCUUGGUUCUUAUUAAAAGCACACCUUGUGAUGAUUCCA